AUGUUUCACGGAGCUAACGACGACGGCGACGACGAGAACGACGAUGAUGACGACGUCGACGGCGACGAAGAGGACGAGAAGUAUAAAAGAGAAGUAACUGAUCUUGAAAAGCGACAUGAAGUAAAAGAACAUCUAUCCAGUACCAUGUUGUGGAUCGUGAUACUCUUUAUUCAUAUUUUAUUAGUUGUUGCCAGACCGACCGAAAAUGAUGUGAUAGCUUACAACACGACUGAUGCAGAAUUUUUGCGCAACAAUUGCGUUCUAUCCACGAAAUAUAAGUAUGGCGAUCUUAAAGAACCACAGCCAUUGAUUUUAACUCGAAAUGGUACUGCAUCGGUGAUACUUUAUCCAGACGUUAACGGUAUAUUAAAGAUGCAAACGGGUCAGUCGAUUUAUUUGGCAUGUCCGGGAAAACAAAAUUCUCUAAGAAACAUGAACUACACCCAAGAAGUGAAAGCUACCUGCGUAGGGAAUAAAAUAUUUCACGUUAACGGUGAAAAUAAAAAUUUUUCAUCGUUGACGUGCUAUCAUUUGCCUGAACAUAUUGCAAAGAUUACGAAAUCGUCAUGCUAUGGCAGGAAUACUCACUUCGAAAUUGGUUUCAAUCUGAGCACCGAUUUUCUGCGCAUGAUAGAACUGUGCCACAAUGAAAAAACUUACAAUACAUAUUACACGAAAUUCAGACUGACAAAAUUGAUUGGAGGACAUCAGGAAGGUUAUCCCAGGCCGAAAUGGAACGAUGGAGAUCAUUACGGAAAAAUAGAUAUUAACGAGCAAUACAAAUUCAGCGAGCAGCUUAUCACACUUGAAAAACUUUUGAAUUCGAGCAAAUUGGCUAAAUCUUAUCUAAUGAAGUCAAAUCAGUUCCUGUCUCGCGGACAUAUGGUGGCAAAGGUCGACUUCAUUUAUGGUGCUUUACAAUCGCUUACUUUUUGGACCAUAAACACGGCUCCUCAAUGGAUGUCUUUCAAUAUUGGUAACUGGAGAAAACUUGAGGAAUGCAUCAGAAACUUUGCCACUAAUCGUUCUUUGGAUCUAGAUGUUUACACGGGUGUACACGGUCAAAUGACCUUGCCCAAUACUCGAGGCAAACAGGAAGAUAUAUAUCUCUACGUCAAUGAUACGACUAAAGCCGUUCCUGUCCCCAAGUUUUUUUGGAAAAUAAUCUACGAUCCACGAAGCAAGAAGGGUACCGCGUUUGUUGGUUUGAAUAAUCCCUUUAUCAAGUCGAAAGAUGAUGGUGAUAACUACAUAUGCUCGGAUAUCAGUUCCACGAUCAAAUGGCUUAAGUGGAAUGUUGAAAAUAUCACAAUGGGUAUCUCUUAUGCGUGUACCGUCGACGAUCUACGUAAAGCCGUAUCGACCAUUCCUAAAUUUAAAACGAUAGGCGUUCUAACGUAAAAAUCGAUAGAAAUGAUUUUGAAAAAAACUUGAAUA